AUGUCCAUCCAGACUUCCCCCAAGAAGAAUAUUUUGAUUCUUGGCGGGUCAUAUGGCGGAAUCUCUACUGCUCAUUACUUGCUCAAAAAUGUUCUCCCCAAAUUAUCCGGGCCAGGUCCAUAUGAGGUGAUCUUAGUGAGCGCUUCAUCACAGGCCUUAUGUCGUCAAGCUUGUCCUCGAGCCUUGAUUUCAGACGAUUUUUUCCCGCAAGAGAAGCUUUUUGUCGACAUCUCCUCAAUGUUCACCAAAUACCCCGAUGGUAGGUUUCGAUGUCUUCAUGGCAGAGUUACCGCCGUGAACCACACAAAAAGGGUGGUAUCAAUUAACUUAUCUUCCGGACAAGAGGAAUCAAUUGAUUAUCAUGCUCUGAUAAUUGCGACGGGCGCUUCUACUCCAUCUCCAGCCCUCGGUCUCAACAAUGAUGUCCCGCAGCUUCGCAGUAGCUGGGCUGCCAUACGAAAAGUACUCCCCACUGCAAAAAGCAUCGUGGUAGCAGGCGGCGGUCCUGCGGGGGUAGAGACAGCUGGGGAGCUUGGAGAGUACUUGAAUGGGCCACCUCGAUGGCUUAGCUCGAGGCCGAACCCGCCCAAAGUUGACAUCAAAAUCGUUACUUCGACAACAAACAUUUUGCCGGUACUCCGUUCGGAAAUCGCUCAAACGGCCGAGAAAUAUUUGGCCAAGGUUGGAGUGACCGUUAUCAGGAACGUUCGGGUGAAGAAGGCAGAGCCCUCAAUUCCAGGCGAGGACAAGAACGACCAAAUAGCGGUUCCUACGACGGUGACAUUGGAUAAUGGUCAGGUACUUGAAACCGACCUGUAUAUUCCUGCUACCGGUACCACACCCAAUACGGGAUUCCUCGAAGAGAUGCUUCUUGCCCCGGACGGACGAGUUGAGACGAACAGGUCAACGUUGCGUGUCGAAAAGGCUGGAAUGAGGGUGUACGCCAUUGGUGACGCCUCGUCUUUUUCUCGCCCGACAGUGCAUAGUAUCUUUCAAGCUGUGCCAAUUCUCUGCGCCAACAUCAAGCGGGAUUUGCUUCUCUCUCACGGUGCCACUGAGGCCGAAACCGGCGAGGAUUCUAUUUUCAAGGAAGAUACACGCGAGGCACAAUUGGUGCCGAUCGGCAAGUGCAAAGGUGUUGGAGCUGUGAUGGGCUAUAAGCUCCCAAGUUUCUUGAUAUGGCUUAUUAAGGGCCGGGAUUAUUUCUUGUGGACAACAGUGAAGCUAUGGAGCGGCGAACAAUGGACGAAAUAG